UCGGAGGCGGCAAGAUGGCGGCUGCUGAGGAUGGCUGUGGUGCUGGGGUCGAAGAGGACCAGGAGUUGGAGGAGCUUCUGGAAAGUGCUCUUGAUGAUUUCGAUAAAGCCAAACCCUCCCCAGCACCCCCUCCUACCACCUCGGCCCCCGGUGCUUCGGGGCCCCAGAAGAGAUCGCCAGGAGACACCGCCAAAGAUGCCCUGUUUGCCUCCCAAGAGAAGUUUUUCCAAGAACUGUUCGACAGUGAACUGGCUUCCCAAGCCACUGCAGAGUUCGAGAAGGCCAUGAAGGAGCUGGCGGAAGAAGAGCCCCACCUAGUGGAGCAGUUUCAGAAGCUCUCAGAGGCUGCUGGGAGAGUGGGCAGUGAUGCAAAUUCCCAACAAGAAUUCACCUCUUGCUUAAAGGAGACAUUAAGUGGGCUAGCCAAAAAUGCCAAUGACCUUCAGAACUCAGGCAUGUCAGAAGAGGAGCUGACCAAGGCCAUGGAGGGGCUGGGCAUGGACGAGGCUGAUGGAGAAGGGAACAUCCUUCCCAUCAUGCAGAGCAUCAUGCAGAACCUGCUGUCCAAGGACGUGCUGUACCCAUCACUGAAGGAGAUCACAGAAAAGUAUCCAGAAUGGCUGCAGAGUCACCGGGAAUCUAUUCCUCCAGAGCAGUUUGAAAAAUACCAGGAGCAGCAUAGCGUCAUGGUCAAAAUAUGUGAGCAGUUUGAGGCAGAGACUCCCACAGACACUGAGGCUACUCAGAAGGCUCGUUUUGAGAUGGUGUUAGAUCUUAUGCAACAGCUUCAGGAUCUGGGCCAUCCUCCAAAAGAGCUGGCUGGGGAGAUGCCUCCUGGCCUCAACUUUGACCUGGAUGCCCUCAAUCUCUCGGGUCCACCUGGUGCUGCUGGCGAACAGUGUCUGAUCAUGUGAAAUACACUUUCCUCCCAGCUAUGGGGAAUAUCCAGAGUCAGCAGAACCAUUGGAAACUGAGGCAGGAGUGUUGUCCAUGGGAGCUGUCUGCCCACCACAGACACUAUUAUCUCAUUCAAGACCGAACCAUGCCAGCUGAGGCUUUUCCUGUUACUCAGAACAGGGUCUUUCCCUCGGGCCAUUCCUGUGAUUCUUGCUCCAUUGUGGUUUCUGCCGCAGUAAUGUGAUACAUAGCCACAGCAAUGUUCACCUUUACUCCCGGGGACUUUGUGCCUUGUUUCUACUCCCCCUUGAUCUGGAUAGUAGGAGCUAAGUCAUGGGAAUCCAUACUUCUUAGGCAGGGCCUCUAGGAAUGAGAAGAAAUUUAGCCUGGGUUGGGGCUGUAAUUCUGUCACCAUGCCCUCUUGCCUUCAGAUAGACCAUGCUCUGUUCUCUGAAGGGAAAGAAGUUUUGCACUUAAUCACAGUAGGGUUGGAAGAGAAGCCCUGGGCUUUUCUUGUGCCAAGGUGCUGAGCCUUCAACUCCCUGUGCCAGCUUGAGAACUCAAGUUGAUACCCUUGCUGGGUGAUUUGGGUGACUGUAGCCCCUGACCAACUGCUCUGUCACCUCCUCUCUUUUGAAAUUCUUAUUUAUUCCAACUCUGUGAUCCAAAGCUGUGAUAGAGGAAGGCCUAUCUGGUUUCCCUCAUCUAGUACCUCCAGCAUUCUCAGUAAUUCCUUCCUGCAAAUACAUAAUUGUACUUAGUGUCAGGUCUAAUGAAUGAAUGUUCUCUCUACCCCGCAUACAUUUGAUUUAAUUGAGACAACAGAUUCCCUACAAUCCUUGGUUCAGGAAGGUGCUUGGGAAAGGGGUGUAGCCUGGGUCCUUUUUCCUGCCGGCCCCUUGGGGCAUUAUCUAAUAAAUAUUCUAAGCAAGGA